AUGGCAAGGUGUUUGUAUCUCGGCUCCUUCAUUUUCACUAAGAUGGUCAAUACACCCCGUAUCUCAAUGGGAGUCAAAACUUGCCUCAUUAAAACCUGGACCCCACACAGCCAAGCCAAAGCCAUCACCAUCCACUCGGCCAUACACUCCGACUCUGAAAAUAACAGCUUGUCUGAGGAAAAAGUCAUAAUACACUUUAUUAACCAAGAUGGAAUCAGAACCACCACUGCUGUUACUGAAGGACAGACCCUGUUGGAUGUUGUUGUAAACAAAAACUUGGACAUAAGUGGUUUUGGUGCAUGUGAGGGGACAUUAGCAUGCUCCACCUGUCAUCUCAUUUUUGACAAGACAUUUUAUGAGAAGAUGGAACCAACGGUGGAUGAGGAGAUGGAUAUGCUAGAUCUAGCUUACGGGGUUACCAAGACGUCCCGUCUUGGUUGCCAGGUGACAGUGCAGAAGUGGAUGGAUGGUAUGACUGUCCAAGUGCCCCAAGAGGUGAGGGAUGCUGUGGGAUCUAAAGGCAGCCAGUGA